CGGGCCGGGCUCCGGGCGGGGGCGCCGCGCAGGCGCAGGGCCGGCGGCGCGCGGAGCGAGGGGCGCCGCGGGUGCAGCACGAUGGAAGGGGGUGCGUACGGAGCGGGCAAGGCCGGGGGCGCCUUCGACCCCCUCACCCUGGCCCGGCAGCCGCACACCAUCCUGCGCGUCGUGUCCUGGGUGUUCUCCAUCGUGGUGUUCGGCUCCAUCGUGAACGAGGGCUACCUCAACACGCCCGCGGAGGGCGAGGAGUUCUGCAUCUACAACCGCAACCCCAACGCCUGCAGCUACGGCGUGACGGUGGGCGUGCUCGCCUUCGUCACCUGCCUGCUCUACCUGGCCCUGGACGCCUACUUCCCGCAGAUCAGCAGCGUGAAGGACCGCAAGAAGGCUGUGCUGUCCGACAUCGGCGUCUCGGCCUUCUGGGCCUUCCUCUGGUUCGUGGGCUUCUGCUACCUGGCCAACCAGUGGCAGGUCUCCAAGCCCAAGGACAACCCGCUCAACGAGGGGACCGACGCAGCCCGGGCCGCCAUCGCCUUCUCCUUCUUCUCCAUCUUCACGUGGGCAGGCCAGGCUGUGCUGGCCUUCCAGCGGUACCAGAUUGGCGCCGACUCGGCCCUCUUCUCCCAGGACUACAUGGACCCCAGCCAGGACUCCAGCAUGCCUUACGCCCCCUACGUGGAGCCCAGCGCCGAGCCGGAUCCCACCGGCAUGGGAGGCACCUACCAGCAGCCAGCCAACGCCUUCGACGCCGAGCCCCAGGGCUACCAGUCGCAGGGCUACUGAGCCGCAGUGACCGCUUCCUCCUCCUCCUCCUCCCCCUCCAGUCCCCGCCUGCCCCAGCCCCAACUGCCCCUUCCCCCUCCUCCCACGCCCCGCCCCUCCCUCCCAGGCUGCCCUGCCCAGCACCUCAUCAGCCUCCCAGUCGCUCCACUGAGGCCCAGGGCGGCUUGGGGCGGGAGGGGCAGGAGGGAGUUGCAGGGUGUGUGUCUACAUGUGUGUGUCCAGCAGGAGCCUAAGGUGUUUGCAUUCAUCCAUUGUGUCAUCGAGCAUCCAUGGAGCACCUACUGUGUGCGGAGCCCGUGCUCCGCACGGGUGUGAGAGAAGUGGUGUCCGGGGAGGGGGAGGGGAUGCGAGGGGGGGCCUUUCCGUGCCAGCGGUAGGAAAGGUGAGAGUGACGGGUGACGCUGGGAAGGUCAGGCUGCAGGGUGACUGAAGACCCCCAAGACCCCAGGGCCACCCCCUGCUGGGUGUGACGCAGCAGCCCGCGAGGGGCAUGGGGCUGUCUGUGGUUGUGGUUGUAGAAACUGAGGCCCAGAGAAGUCAAGGUCAGUCGUCGGUCACUCAGGAAGCCAGUGAUGGAGCUGGGGCCGAGCCGAGGCUGCCUGAUGGCCAGGCACCUGCCGUCCCCUGUCCCGGCCUCCCCACCCCCCAGCCUGGGGCUCCAGUGCUUGGUGCCCCAUUAUUCCGGGAGGCCCCGGGACCUUCGCCCUGAGACACCCCAAUUCUGCUGAAAGCUGGGGGCCUGUUCCGCCCUUGCUCUUCCCAACUGGACAGCCCUGCCUCCCGGCCCCUCACCAUGUCCCCCCCGGCCCCUUCCAGGGGGUAGUCCCCUGCAUACCACUGUGCUGUGUGUGCCUGCGGGGGGCUCUGCACCUUCUCCGUGGCUCCCGGAGGACUGACCACUGCCCCUGCCCCUGCCCCGAGGAGAGGCCAAGGCCCUGCCACGGCGGGGGGAGGCCAGGAGGGGAGCGCCUGGCCAAGGCCACAGCGCGGGGCAGAGCUGGGCGGGUGCCUGGGUGUCUUGGCCCCAGCUGCCCAGCAGGUGGCCCGUUCCCCGCCCUGUGACCUCCCAGGAAACACCGGGGCUGGGACAUGGUCUUGCCCUCCUCUGGGGCCAGCCAGGGGCCGGGGGCUCUGUAGCCACGGGCAGGAGGGGCCCUCCCCUGGCCGUCAGGAGGCCCACGAGGGGCGCGCUCCCUGCGGGCGCUGAGUAGAGAACAAGGACUCUGGGCCCGCAUGGCCAGCCUAGAGCUGCCGCCGUGUCGAGCUGCCCAGGAUGACCGGGGAGGCCCGGGGACCGCAGGCCGCGGAGGAGAGCAGCAGGUGCCCCGGUGUACGAGGAAGACGGGGGGGGGGGGUCCCACAAGGUGGGCUCCUUAUUGAGGAGCCUCGGUCAGUGGGAAGUGGUGUGGCUGUUCUCACGGGAGAGCCCUCAGGCGGUGAUGGCAGCUCUGGGGCACCCGCGCUGGGACAGCAGCUGACAGCCGCCCUGAGGCGAGCACUAGGCCCCCCACGGACCCGGGUGCCCGAGGGGCUGAGGCCCCCGGGAGGGUCCUGAGGACGGAGGAGUCACACAGCGGGGAGGGAAGGAGAAGGAACUUCCUGGCCAGAGAAGUAGCAUUGUCCCCACUUAACCGGAGGGGAAACCGAGGCUCGGGGAGUGUGAGGUAGCAGUGGGGCAUGGGUUCGGACUCAGGUCUGUCCACGCCCUCCCCAGGGGCAGCACUGCGGGGAGAGGACCCCAGACCAGCCUCCGCAUCUGAGGAAGGGCCGUCUCCCCAGAGGUGUGGGACCAGGAAAGGGGGUGGAGGUGUUUCUGGCAGAAGCUCUGAGCCCCUGCAGGAGGCGGUGAGACGUCUGUCCCCACUCCCACUCCCCACCGGGAGCCGCCCCUCCUGACGGGCACUGGGAGACCCCGGGUGAGCCCCGCUGAGAUGGUGCGGGCUGGAGGGCAGGGCACAUUGCAGCGUCAGCCGGCCCCUGGGUGUUCAUUGCAGACUCCCUGCCGCCUGGGCUGGGAGCGUUUACAAGACCCCGGCAGGAGUGGGGGUCCCUGACUCCUGCCGCAGCCUUCCUGACUGGUCCUGGGGUACAGCCCAGACUGCCACCAUCAGACAGGGGCCGGCCCACGGUGGAGCUGAGAAACGGGGCCAGAGGUGUCAGAGGGCAGGGUGUGGGUGCAUGGAGGGGACCGCGGCUCCUGACUCCCCUCCUGGGAGCUGGGGAAGCUGUUCUUUGUCCACUGAGGACCCCCGGGGCCCAGCCGUAUCCCCCUUCCCUCCCUAUGCCCCUUCCUUGGAGAAAUGCCCCUGACCUUGCAGAGUUUGGGUUUUCUUCUCCCAUCGAGCACCAGACAGCCGGGCAGACUGGUUCCACACGCGUUUAGAGUUGCAUGGACCCUCCAGGCGAGAGUCGGCCAGAAGGCAGUGACUUGCCAAAGUCAGGACAGAGCCUGCGGCUCCGGGUCCGGGCCGCCUGCCUGGGCGUGGCUCCCGGUCUGCUCUGGGGUGUGACAUGGAGACGACAUUCCCUCCUCCUCCAGCCUUCCCAGGUGACCCUUUAUCUUCAAAGACUUUGUCAGGGUCCCAGGCCUCCCCCAUGUAACCAAGAACCCCCCCUUGUUACCCUCUAGGGGCCCCCAACUUUGAACUAAGACCCCAGGACUCUAAGGAGCACGAAGGGGAGCUCCCCUCUCAAGAGUGUGUGGGAGGAUGGGCUGGUCCUGCCGGCUCCCUGCGCUGCGCCUCCACGUGACCCUCCCCGCCCCCCGGUGCCCGCCCUCCUGCAGCGUUACUGCCUGUGUAUAGUAUAAAUAUAUAUAUUUUCUAUAUAUAAGAUGUAUAAUAUAAGGCUCUGCAAAUAUAUCUGUGUGUGUGCGUGUGUGUGUGUGCAGUGAGCGGUGGUCCCCAUCCCGGGCCCAUCUCUGGAUCCCCCACCACCUGGCUAAGCCUCUCAAGUGAAUCCCGUGGCCCGUGGCUCCCUCCUCUGUGACCUCCGUCCAUUUGUGAUGAACCAAGUGAAGGUGGUGACUUCCGGUGACAGUAAUAAAGUGCAGACUCAAACCC